AUGUUCGGAUGUUAGUAAUAAUUUAUUGUUAAGUAGGAUAAAAUUACAAAGAAAUAGAGAGAAAAGUUUUUCAUAUUGAUUAGUUUCUGACAAUAUAUACAUAGUUUCUGGGCUUUUAUAACACCAAACAAAGAAUUGGACAGCAAUUCUAUGUUUAGUUUAGAGCGUAUUUCUUCAUAGAAGCUGCCCAAUUAACUUGAAUUGAACAGCAACGUGUCUUUCUACUGUAAUCUCAAAGUAGGUUUCGCCCAUCUCUGUUUUAUGAGCAAAGGGAAAAAAGCCUUUGAUCGAAAUUAGAGGCUGUUUUAAGGGGUGUAGAACCAUGCAAAAUGACGACACACUUUGAGCUGCUGCCAGUUCGCGGAGGUCAGAUUUCAAGCAUUCCGACCACACUUCCCCUGCAUUCAGAGGGCUGGAUUCAAGAUGAUAUAUGGGUCUAAACCUGGAAGGGAUAGAUUAAACAUUGGCAUUUGGCUGCUUAGAGCUAGAGGAUGCGAUGGAUUCAUGGAUGGGAAAAAGGAUGACCAGGUCAAACAAGCUAUCUUGGUAUCCACUGAAAAAGGGAGUGUCAUUGAUUAUCCUGAAACCUACAAAAGAAGCCUUAUUUUAGAUUAGCUAUUAUUCUCAAAUAACCUUGUGCCUCUAAUACCUUCAUUUCUUACCAAAAAUAAGAGAAAUCAGCCUUUGUCUCCUGGUUGGUGACAUUUUUCCGUUUUGUCACCUCCUCUUUUCCUCCUAGUUCGCCAAUAGCAUAUGGUGAAGAGGAAAGACAAAAGCCUCCCCCAAGUCUCCCAGAAACUCCAAAUACGGUAAGAAAGACAUUACAAAUUAAUACUAGAUUAGUAGUUCAUACAGCAGCUUCAUCCAUCCUGAAGCCAUUGAAAGAAAAAAGGAGUGAUUUAUAAGGUUGUGCCAAAAUGAAUGAUUUGAUCUCGAGUUCGUUCAAGAAAUACACAGACCUGAAGCAACAGGCCUACCUGGACGACAUGGAAGCUGGGAAUGAGAGUGUUAAUCUCGAUAAAUUCUUUGAAGAUGUGGAGAAUGUGAAGGAAGACAUGAAGAAUGUGGAACGGCUGUACAAGGCAUUACAGGACGCCAAUGAAGAGAGCAAAACCGUGCACAAUGCGAAGACCAUGAAGCAACUACGUGCCCGAAUGGACACGGACGUUGAGCAGGUCCUUAAAAGAGUCAAAAUCAUCAAGGGGAAGCUUGAAGCUUUAGAACGUUCCAAUGCAGCUAGUCGAAGCAUUCCAGGUUGUGGUCCUGGAUCGUCUGCGGAUAGAACCAGAACCUCAGUGGUUAGUGGCUUAGGAAAGAAACUGAAGGUUUUGAUGGAUGAUUUUCAAGGAUUGAGGUCAAGAAUGCAAUCAGAAUAUAAAGAAACAGUGGAACGCAGGUAUUUUACCAUCACAGGGCAGAAGGCUGAUGAAGACACGAUUGAGAAUUUGAUAUCGAGUGGUGAAAGCGAAAGCUUCCUGCAAAGGGCCAUCCAGGAACAAGGAAGAGGUCAGAUUAUGGAUACCAUAUCCGAAAUUCAAGAAAGGCAUGAUGCUGUUAAGGAGAUAGAGAAGAACUUGAUCGAACUCCAUCAGAUAUUCCUGGACAUGGCUGCCCUUGUGGAAGCUCAGGGUCACCAACUCAACGACAUCGAAAGCCAUGUUGCUCAUGCUAGUUCCUUUGUCAGACGAGGUACUGAAAACCUUCAGGAGGCUAGGGAAUAUCAGAAGAACUCAAGGAAGUGGACGUGUAUUGCAAUACUUGCUGCUGCUGUCCUCAUUUUUGUCCUCCUUUUCCCACUCUUACCAACAAUUAUAAAUCUCUUGUAGGAAGUCAAAAAGGAAUAAAAAAAACAAAAACGAAAACAAAUUUUUCUCUUCUUGAGAUGUAUUCUGAUUUUCAGCCUAACAAAAUUCAGUUUAGUUCGUACAUAGAGCAAGUUUCAGACACCAUUUGUUUCUUCUCACAUGAGAAAACAGUCCUAGACAAAAGUUUUUCACAUAAAAAUAGCACAAUUAGAUAUGGAAAGUUGGGGAAAUUCCUUCAACUUGGGGUGUUCUUGAUUCUUCUAUCCACUCAUAGUUGGAAUCCAACAAAGUUAGGGGCCAAUCACUAUGGUGAGGUGAUUUUGUGCGACAGAAUCCCACCAAGGGAAGUUUGAGUCAAUAUUAUUGCGUGGGUGGUUACAAGGACAUAUCACCCACCUUUAAACAGCUGUUUGACAUCCCUUUUUGAAUGAAAUUUCACUGCUUUUCUUUUUCCUUGUCCAUUUAAUCUAACAAAAAAUCUUUGGUACACCCAGUUCAUUUACACUACAAGUGAAGGCCUCCAAUCCGUAUGUCCGAAAAUAGGCUUGCCUAAUCUUCCAUUAGACAAGAAUAUUCGUACCCCUUGGGAAAUAUAUAGAAAGAGGCAUUCAGAAUCAGCUUGAUCUCAAGAAAGCAAGCACCAAAGGCCAUUUACAAUCUUAAACAACCCUAUAUGCUGGUGAAGGAGUGGAAUUGCAGUCAGAAGCCUUAAGGGUGUUCCUGUAAAUCCUGUCACUUUCGGUUUUGUUGUGUGUGAUGGUGAAUGAGCUGUGGUUGUGAUGCUGGAAAAGAAAAGGAAUGAUCCGAGAUAAAAGUUCACUGCUGCCUGUACUGUUCUGGUUCGCUGGUUUCUGGUUUGCAGGUGUAGAUAUGGAUGGUUGGUUUCGAUUACAGAUUGAUGUUUUGAGUAGCUUUGCAUCACCAGAGUUUUAGUUAGGUAUAUGGGUUGCUUUAGUUUUGUACAUGGAAUAGGGGGUUAGGUCCUUCCACCUGCAUUAUAUCAAGAGCAGGGGGACUGUUUUUGUCU